GGCGGCGGCAGGAAGGGCCCGAGCGGCGUCUCCGGCGGCGGGUGUCCACUCGGUGGUCUGUCCGACAGCUCCCGGCCCCCGGACGGAGGACGCGGUCCUAGACGGCCCCCGUAGCCCCGGGUGCUGGCCCGGGUGAACCGCCGCCUCCACCUACGGGACGGGCGCGGGGCGGGAUGUAGGGCGCUGGGCGCGGAGGCCGCGGGCGCGGCAGGGGUAGCGCCUAGGGCGCGCCGAGGAUGGAGAGAGCGAUGGAGCAGCUCAAUCGCCUGACGCGCUCGCUGCGCCGCGCGCGCACCGUAGAGCUGCCGGACGAUAAUGAAACUGCUGUUUAUACAUUAAUGCCAAUGGUUAUGGCUGAUCAACACAGGUCUGUUUCUGAGCUACUAUCAAAUUCAAAGUUUGAUGUCAAUUAUGCAUUUGGACGUGUGAAAAGAAGCUUGCUUCACAUUGCAGCAAAUUGUGGAUCGGUGGAAUGCUUGGUUCUGCUUUUAAAGAAAGGAGCAAAUCCUAACUAUCAAGAUAUUUCAGGCUGUACACCCCUUCAUUUGGCAGCUAGAAAUGGGCAGAAGAAAUGCAUGAGUAAAUUAUUAGAAUACAGUGCUGAUGUCAACAUUUGUAAUAAUGAAGGCCUUACAGCAAUACACUGGCUGGCUGUGAAUGGGCGGACAGAACUACUCCAUGACCUUGUACAGCACGUCAGUGACGUCGAUGUUGAGGACGCGAUGGGGCAGACAGCGCUGCAUGUGGCCUGCCAGAACGGUCACAAGACGACAGUGCAAUGCUUGCUAGACAGUGGUGCUGAUAUUAACAGGCCGAAUGUAUCAGGAGCCACUCCAUUGUACUUUGCUUGCAGUCAUGGUCAGAGAGACACAGCACAGAUUCUUCUGUUGCGAGGAGCCAAAUAUCUGCCAGAUAAAAAUGGAGUAACCCCUCUGGAUUUAUGUGUACAGGGUGGAUAUGGAGAGACUUGUGAAGUAUUAAUUCAGUAUCACCCGAGGCUUUUCCAGACAAUUAUUCAAAUGACACAGAAUGAAGAUCUCCGAGAAAACAUGUUACGGCAAGUUCUGGAGCAUUUAUCUCAGCAAAGUGAGAACCAGUAUUUAAAGAUUCUAACAAGCCUUGCUGAAGUUGCCACAACAAAUGGUCAUAAGUUGCUUAGCAUAUCUAGUAAUUAUGAUGCUCAAAUGAAGAGCCUUUUAAGGAUUGUGAGGAUAUUUUGUCAUGUCUUUCGAAUUGGUCCAUCCUCUCCCAGUAAUGGAAUCGAUAUGGGCUACAAUGGGAAUAAAACUCCAAGAAGCCAGGUGUUCAAGCCUCUUGAAUUGCUUUGGCACUCAUUAGAUGAAUGGCUAGUUUUAAUAGCUACAGAAUUAAUGAAAAACAAAAAGGACUCAACGGAUAUCACUUCUAUUUUACUGAAACAAAAAGGCCAAGAUCAAGAUGGUACUUCCAUUCCUGCAUUUGAACCUCCAGGACCUGGGAGCUAUGAAAAUCUAUCCACUGGCACAGGGGAAUCUAAACCAGAUGCUCUUGGAGGGAAACAGGAAGCCAGUGCAGACUGUCAGGAUGUUAUUUCUAUGACAGCUAACCGGCUAAGUGCUGUCAUUCAAGCUUUUUACAUGUGCUGUUCUUGUCAGAUGCCUCCAGGAAUGACUUCACCCCGUUUCAUUGAAUUUGUCUGCAAACAUGAUGAAGUUUUAAAAUGCUUUGUUAACAGGAAUCCCAAGAUUAUAUUUGACCACUUUCACUUCCUCCUUGAAUGUCCUGAACUGAUGUCAAGAUUCAUGCAUAUCAUAAAAGCACAGCCAUUUAAAGAUCGCUGUGAAUGGUUCUAUGAACAUUUGCAUUCAGGACAGCCAGAUUCAGACAUGGUGCACAGGCCAGUGAAUGAAAAUGAUAUCCUGCUAGUUCACAGAGAUUCUAUUUUUAGGAGUAGCUGUGAAGUUGUGUCAAAAGCAAAUUGUGCAAAGCUAAAGCAAGGAAUUGCUGUACGGUUCCAUGGAGAAGAAGGCAUGGGUCAAGGUGUUGUGCGUGAGUGGUUUGAUAUUCUGUCUAAUGAGAUAGUCAAUCCUGAUUAUGCAUUGUUUACCCAGUCAGCUGAUGGAACAACUUUUCAACCUAAUAGCAACUCCUAUGUAAAUCCUGAUCACUUGAACUAUUUCCGGUUUGCUGGACAGAUCUUGGGAUUAGCUCUGAACCAUAGGCAGCUGGUGAACAUUUACUUCACGAGAUCAUUCUACAAGCACAUUCUUGGUAUUCCUGUGAAUUACCAAGAUGUGGCAUCCAUUGAUCCAGAAUAUGCCAAAAAUUUGCAGUGGAUUUUAGAUAAUGAUAUUAGUGAUUUGGGUCUAGAACUAACUUUUUCUGUUGAGACUGAUGUGUUUGGAGCAAUGGAAGAGGUGCCUUUGAAACCUGGGGGUGGAAGUAUUCUUGUAACACAAAAUAACAAAGAGCUACUGCUUUCUGGCAUGCCAGAAAUUGAUGUGAAUGAUUGGAUAAAAAAUACUGAAUACACAAGUGGCUAUGAAAGAGAAGAUCCAGUUAUUCAGUGGUUCUGGGAAGUUGUGGAAGAUAUUACUGCAGAGGAGAGAGUUCUUCUGUUGCAGUUUGUUACUGGCAGUUCCAGGGUCCCACAUGGUGGAUUUGCUAAUAUCAUGGGUGGAAGUGGAUUGCAAAACUUUACAAUUGCUGCCGUGCCAUAUACUCCAAAUCUUCUACCGACUUCAAGCACAUGCAUCAACAUGCUCAAGUUACCUGAAUACCCAAGUAAAGAAAUACUCAAGGACAGGCUUCUUGUGGCACUACAUUGUGGCAGCUAUGGUUACACAAUGGCAUAAUGAAGUCUGGAAAAUUCAUCUGACUGCUGAUGCGCAAUGCAGAGUCGCAGAAGUAAUUUAGGAAACCGUCAACAGAAAAGCAGCCUAAAUGCAGCCCAUAGGCAGGGCUGAUGUUUAAAAUUCAUAAAGGAUCAGGUUUCCUUUCUUCCCCCUCUCUUUUCCCUUUUAUGUUUUCUCAGUUUGUGAUACAAUUAGAAAAUAUAAAUCACAGUAGUCUUCAUUUUAAAAAUGCUAAUUGAAAAUAGUAGAAACUGUCCUUUUUCAUAUUUCUUUAAUCUUAUCCAAGAGUGUGUUAAGGCAGAAUCUUAUUCUACAUUCCAUGUCUGCUAUGUAACUGUUCUGUUAAAAAGGUGUUGUCUCUUUUAUUUUUCUAUAUAGUAAAUUAUAUUAGGACAUCCAGCCUGGUAUGUCCUAUUGCAUGUAAAGUGCCGUUUAUAUUUUGGAAAACUAUUGUAUAGAAUGGACUAAUUUACAUUGUAUAUAAAGCCACAAAUAUGUAUUUUCCCAUAUUGAAUCUAUAUUGCAGUGAUGUUUUCUAGCCUUUCAAUAUUUUAAUAUGUAAAGUUUAGACUGAUGUGACUAAUAAACAGCUGAUGAAAUGACAUCUAAUUUAUAUAUUAAAGCUUAUGCUAUAUUGUAUGAAUUAUUUGCAUCUUUCAGUGGUCAGUUUUUCACAUACAUAUAUUGUCUCAAAGUUUUUCUUAUGCCUUAUUUUAAUUUAUAUUUUAGAUAAAAUUAAAAUACGAUAUUUUACUGGGUUUCUUUUUGUUACUAUUGUUUUAUCUGUGAGCUCUAAUGAUACAUUUGAAAACGUAAUCUGAUGUGCAGCUUACAAUUUAAGUUUGUAAUUUUUCCUUAAAUUUGCUUUUUAUUAUUAGAAUGUUGAGUUCAAGUGAUGUAUACGUAAUACAAAGCAGUGGGUUUUUUAAUUUUAGGGUGUCUUUGAAAAGACACAGUUGAGUAGUUACAGCAUACCUUUUAGGGGAAGUAGGAACACUCAGACAUUUAAAAAUACUAAUAGGGGAAUUUGUAAUGUUUAGGACCUUGCCUUUGGAAACUAAAAAUAGAUUAUCCAGUGGCAUCAUUAUUGGUAAAAUGACUCUUAUAUGCAUAUUUUCUCAUAUGAGCAGCCACUGUAUUUGUCACUGACAAAUGUAGACAAUGUAUAUGUCAAUAUAGGCAAAUAUGUAUUGUAUAUACAUGUAUAUAGGCAUAUACGUUGAAAGCUUUGCUAAGUCAUAAAACUUCUUUAAUACAUGUUUUUUGGUCCUCUUGUUA